UCCCACUGACAGUCCUCGACGAACAACAGAAUCGAAAACGACAGCCCACGCAAAGGGGCAGCAAACACACACAAAAAGCCUUAGCGACAAAAACAAAGUUCAGUGUCUCGGUCGCCGUUUAUCCUCGAAGUUGGCAAAAAGCGAACGGGUUCUGCAACCGCUGAAAUACAGAAACACCGAAAGGCGAAAAGGAUUUCAAGGAGUGGAGAUUGGCACACCAUACCUUACUCCCCUUUUAAUCAUAAACAAGCGAUCGAAAUGAGGCAUCUCUGGCUGCUGCUCCUUAUCGCCUGUGGAUCUGUCCAGUUUCCAGGUGUGCUGACCUUGCCGGAGGCACUCCCAGCCAAAUCUUCAACAACCGCUGGAGGCGGCAAUGGGGGAGGAGCUGGAGGAGGAGCCACUGCCACAUCAGCUGGAGACACCGACUACAGUGAGUACGAUGAGGAGGAGCAGCAGCGGGCUCCAGGAAAUCUGGCCAAAACCACGGCAGGUCCCAAAAUCCCCGAUCCCUACUUCGAGCAGACAGACGUUAACUUCUAUGUGCCGAUAAACACGACCAGUGUGAAGCUGGACUGCCCUGUGAAGAACUACAACGCACAACAUCACGUGAUUCUCUGGUACAAGGAAAAAGUGCUCGUCUCCAGCGGUCGAAACAUAUUCAACAAGAUCUACAGUCUGGACAGCCAUUUCGCCCUGACCGUGCCCCUGGCGUCCAAUGCCACGGAGGAGCGGUACGAGUGCAGCGUACUCCCCAAUGCGCGACGCCAGGUGACCAUUCGCUUUGGACCGGAGCCAAGCACCCCGGCUCCGGCUUCAGUUCCGGCCUCGGCGGAUACCUCCUCGACCGGCAAGGAUGCGGCGCCUCACGGACGGGACAUUAGCCUCUGGCUGCUCAGCCUGCUCUUGGCCGCUCUCCAACUGGCAGUGUCCUUCCGUUUCUGAAGCGGGCCAAGUUCAAGAGCGCUCUAAAAAUCUGCACCACCGGCAUUACGUUUGGAGAUGCGCACCGCAACAGAUGAGCUUGACAUUGGAAUGUGUCCCCGGGGUCACAGACGAUUGCGAUCCGAGGCAAUCGAUGGCUUGGCAAAUUUAGUUAGGUGUUGCUUUGUUACUGUAUUAUAUAGGAAAUCGAACUUUUGGGGGAAGCGAACUUCCUCAAGCUAUAGAUUGUUUGAAUUACACUUCCAAUUCUGCUUCCCUUACUUCCAAUAUCGAUGUUUUUUGGACUCCUUUGAAAUAUUAUAUUAUUGUUUGUAAACCAGAAAAUUGAAUUUAGAAACGCUGUCUAUAGUAUCGAAUUAGCCUAGUGUGAUUGCUUUAGUCUUGCGCUUAAUGAGUCGAGAGAUUAGAACAUAGUUGAUUUUAACUUAGCGGAACAAAAUGCGAUACCAAGUGGCUUAACGAAUCAUUGUGAAGGAUACUAUAUAUACAUAAUAUAUAUAAAAACAGAUUAUGAAACCAUAAGAACGAUGUAUGCAAUUUUGUCGGAUGUAAAACUGAAAUAAACUAGAGCUGCUAUAGACCCAGCUGAAUCCAUUCAACGAAA